GUUUAACCUUGUUGGACUGAUUGGAGAAUUUGGGUAAGUAGGGAUCUCUUCUUCACACCACGACGCACCCCUCUCUCUCCUCUGUUCUCCUUUGGCCGUGCAACCCCACCGCCUCACCCGCCGGCGUCCUCUCCUACCCUCCCCGUCUCCUUCUCUCUGCUGCUCGACUUCUCUCUUGCUUCUCGCGAUCGACCAGGCUGUCGCCGCCCCUUGUCGCGCUCACAGCCGUAGCCGCCGGGGGCGAGAAAGGCUGUUCCGACUGCCCCUCUACCUCUCUCGUGCCUCUCCCUCUCUUGUUCUGCUCGCCCCGGGGCGUGACACCUCGCUGCCUCUCUGUGUCACUAUUUGCGAGACAGAAAGUCGAAAUACUUCCUCGUCCUAUCUGUUGAAAGCUUAGGCACUAGAACUCCUUCUCUAAUCGAACUCAUCGUUCCGAGAAGCAAACAUACAUCUCCCUUCAUAUCAUAUGGCAUCGAGUGGACCCUCUUUGGAUGAUUGCUUGAAGCUGUUGAGAGGCCAGCGGGACGAGCAAAAGCUUGCCGGUCUCCUUCUCGCCUCAAAAUUAUGUCAUGGGGAUGACGCAACUGCCGUUCUAAAGGUCUAUGAUGCUGUCGGUGCUUGUUUUCUUCAGAGACUCAUCUUAACCGGUAUGGGAAAGGGAUCUGGUGGGUUUAGAAGUGGCGAGGAUAAAGAGGCAUAUUUGAGGCUCUCUAUCACCCUUCUUGCUGCAUUGUGUCGGGUGCCAGAAAUUGCUUCAUCUGAGGACAUGGUCUCUAAAGUUCCUCUUGUAGCUGAAAUAGUUACAAAAUCGUCUGACUCAUCCAUUUUUGAGGAAUGCUAUGAGUUUCUCUUACUUGUUGCUGUUGCUUCAGAUGGUGGAGUAGCAAAAUUUUAUCAACCUGGAGUAUUUGACAUGCUUGCAUCUCAUAUUACUACCUUGAACGAUGGUACUCGCGCACUUGAGUUUGCCAUGCAACUCCUGCAGCUAUUGGUGAAUCGGCUAUCUAUUGGCUUUGUAAUUAGUGAGAACCUGCCUCUCAUAUUAUCUAUGGUAACUUUAAUAUCUAGGCAAUUUGCCGUUUUGCAGAAUGCCUUCAAAUUUGAUGCUCUUCAUAUGCUCACUUCACUUCUAUCAUCAAAUAAUACUAUGUUUCAUGAAGCUCUAAGGAUGAUGCCAAGUAAUACAUGGGCAGCUCAAGUACAUGUUGGCAUUAGUGAAAUACUUCGAAACCGUGUUGUUUCUGCUGAAAAGCUCCAAGCACUUCUUUUGGCAGAUUUGAUGAUGUCUAUACUAGGGGUAAACUGGUUGUUGAAUCAGAUACAGUUGCAGCAUGACCAAGAAAUUAUUCCAGUUGACAAGUUUGUUUUUCUUGUAUUGGAGUCAUCAAGGGUAGAAGUUGCUAUUUUACUUAAUGAGCUAGCCUACUUAAAAUAUGAACCUUCCAGCAGCUCUUCUGAUGCAUUGGGAAUAAUUAUUCAAAAGCAGCAAAAUUUGGCUUUAUCUUUUUCCUUGAUAGAAAAGAUUAUCAAACUUUUGUCCAAUGUUAGUGAUGCAAAAGAUUCCCCUAUGAAAGAUAGCACUUUGACAAAGAUGGUUUCAGGACUUGAGGAAACAAUUAACUUGAUUUUUGAUUUUUUACAAGACUCAAAGGAUCAUGGUCAAAGAAAAGGUGAUGAUCUUUUAGCAGCAGUCAGGAUAGUAGGAAGCUACCUUGCUGAGGUACCCAUUGCAUGCCAGGAAAAGAUGCGAGCUUUGUUGGGAUAUCUUCUGUCAGUUGAAGGGCAAGAUGAAACAAGUCCCUUCUAUUCCAUCUGCUUCUUGCUUCCGUGGUUGUGCCAAAUAACAAUGCAUAUUGAUGGGUGCAAGGCCUUGGCUUCAGCUGGGGGGCAUAGAGAGAUUGUGGAAUGUCUGGUGAAUAUGGUUGGAAGUAAUAGCCAAAUAGUCGAUGACAAGGAUACAGUGUUCUUGGCUUGUGAUACCAUCAUGAAUCUUCUAUUAAGUAGAAAGGAACUCAAAGAUUGGAUAGAGUGGUCCGAUUUUGUUAAUCUAUUACAUGCAUUAAUCUUUUGGAAUGAAAACUGCAAGGACCCAUCCGUUAUGAUGAUGGUUUCAAGCAUCUGCUGCUUGGUGUUGGACUUGACAUCAGAGGAGUCUCUUCUAAACCAAUCAAGUUUUGACCAAAGUUCUCUCGAGAAGUUGUCUCAUCUUAUUGCAAGAAGUUUAAAUCAGGGUGAGCUGGAGUAUUUGAAAGAUCAUUCAGAUCUCCAUCAAAUUAUCAGUGCAGGGUACUGCAAUUGGGCUGAUCGGUUCCCUUCGGUUAGAAAUGCUGUUGAGAACUCAUAAAGAAGCACUUACAAGAUUUUAUACUGGAAGGGGGAUUUAUUUAACCCUAUCUUGCUGGGUAUGGUUUAUGUUGUUGGAAAUUGAACUGAUCCUUGAAACCAUAUUCUUGGAGUUACUUUUUGUUGGAAAGAUUACGACUUAAACUAUUACUAUAUCAUGUUGGAAGUACAAAAGAUCUACUUAAAAUUAUAAUAUAAUUAAAUAGUUUUAGUCGUUUCAUAAUUUAGGUUUUUCAAUAGUCAACUACUUCAUUAAAGAAGCAAGUCUAGAUUAUCUUUAGUCUCUCUUUUUGUCUUGUCUUCAUUUCUAAUGCAAUUUAUUUUUUUGAUUGUCUUCCUCUACAUCUUUUCUUUUAACGAUCUUGGGCCAUCAAAAUAUUUUAUAUAUUGGUGACAAGAUCCCUUGGUGGAGGUUUCAAUCGGUGCCUCAAAAAUGAAUUCAAGCGACGUGCUAGUGGACUCGAUCAAGAAUAGGUGUUUAGGAAUUUCUCUUCUAAAUCUAAAAGAAGAAAUUUCUGAAGGUCUUAUAAGGAGAAGCAUUAUUUGAGGAUUGAAAUCAGAAUAUAUUCCUUGGUUACUUCAAUACAAGGGUGGGCUCAAUAAUCAUCUUCGGAGGAGAUAGAGAAUUUUCUUUCAUCACAAUAAUCACUAGCUAAGCAAAUGGCUAGUUAUAAUAGAUUUUGGUUGUGGGCAUCAUUUUACUAGAGAUAAAUUCAAAAUUUUCAGCCUUCAAGACUAUAAUGGUUGUGAUGCAUUGUAAUAGCUAAUAACACAGUUCAUCAUGUGGAUAAUGAAAAUGUUGGACAAUUUAUUGCUGGAGAUAUUAAAAAAUUAAUUAAUUGAAAUUACAUAAAA